AAGGCGGCAGUUUGAAUUGUGUUUACUUGUAGUUUAGGCGUGGAAAGGGAGAGAUACACAGUUUAGACAGAGAGUUUUGUAUUAUUGGCGAAUCACAUUUUUCUCUCUGUGACGGAAAUCUUAAUACUUUAUAAAAGAUGAACAAUAAGGUGCCUAGAGGUAACUUGAAAUCGAUACUGAAGAAAAAGAAACCCCAUCUGCGGCUCGCCACAAACACCGAUGUAUUGGUGCACUUAAGCCUCUUGCUGUUCCUGCAUCGAUUGGCAGAAGAAUCCAGAGCGAAAGCUUUUGAAAGCAGGAGCUCGACCAUUAAACCAGAUCACGUGUUGAAAGUAGCAAAGGGUGUUCUGAGGAGAGCCAGAGGAUGAGGAAAACCUUCCUGGGAGGGUUUGGAGGUUCAGAUAAACUCACACUGUGCCAUUGUCUAUUCAAGUAAUAUCUGAUAUGGCAUUUAAAACUCUUAAAAUGUUCUUCUAGUGUUAUUGUUUUUCUUCUCCAAUAGAUUGAUUUGACUGUGGUGCACAGCCACUGUACUUAACUGUACUUGUGUCUGUUGUCAGCAAUGAGACUACAGGAUUUUGUCUGGCUAUCUGAUAUGUUCUGCAGUGUUCAGUUAAUUUAAAACUGUUCCUAAUUCUCCUUUGACUUAAAUUCUGUAAAAUGAGUCCUUGUUUAGAACUGCCUGUUUUACUUGUUUCACAUUGGGUUAACUAGUAUAUUCCUGCUAUUAAUAAAUUAAAUAAUUUUGAUAUCUGACCUAGUUGCAUAAUAUUUAACAUUGUGCUAAAUGUACAAAUAAGUUCCUUUUUUUAAAUAGAAAAAUGUAUUCUGUUCAUGGUGACCUCAAAGCUACAUCUCUGGAGAACCAUACAACUUCAGUAGUAAGAAUUUGUCAGCAGCAUUUUAAAUAGUUUAUUCUGUUAAGUCUACAAUUUAUUGUUAUUAUUAUUUUUUUUUUUAUCAAAACACAUUUUUUGAUUUACAUUAGCCUUAAAAUUAGAAAUUACAUUUAACAAGCAACUUGCAACUAAACUACUGUUUGAUAUGCUGCAUGAUUAAAUCAAUGCAACAGUUCUGUUUUUAAACAGCAGGUGGCAAUAAUUCUGAGGCUGUCAAACUAAAUUGUGUAAUGCUAGAAAUGCAUAUCCUAGUGCUGUAUACUCUGUUGUCCUAUUCAGGAAACCAUUGUUUUGUAAUACUUAGUUUUGCUUUAUGUAAACCUUCCUUGUAUGAGAAAAGCUGUACUGAAAGUUAAAAUCUCUUAUUGGAGUUUCUACUGAUUCAUUUGUAUUUAAGUGCAACAGUCUGCUUUUGUUUUUUUUUCAACAUACCAGUAAUACAGCUCUAGUUGAAGAACUGUAAACAUUUAUUGGCCUGGAAGCAAUAAACCAAAACCAAAA